AUGGACUCAUCAGGAGAGUUUGUAAAAGUGGACUCAUCAGGAGAGAUAGUGACAUCGAUGACUGAUUUGGAACGAACUAAAUUGGCUGAAGAAUUGGACGACGAUUUGGAUUAUUUUCUUGAUAGCCUUGCUAAACAGGAACCAAAGAAACCAUUUGUUUAUGAUGAAUGGUGUAGGGAGAUCGAUCAACAUCCAGCAUUUAUGACUGUUUUAGAACCCGAUAAAAAUGGCGAAUUUUCAGAGGCUAUUCAAGCUUUACAGGCAUUAAAAUACGAGGAUGAUGAAUUAGAGGAUCGACGGGCGGCUGCAGAAAAACAUAAAUUAGAUGGCAAUAAACAUUAUAAGUAUAAAAAGUAUCACUGGGCUAUCAAUAGAUAUACAGAUGGUAUUAAUCAAAGAUGUACGGAUCGGUCGCUCAACUCGGUUUUAUAUGCUAAUCGAGCUGCUGCUCAGAAACGUAUUGGUAAUAUUGGCUCUGCUUUCAGAGAUUGUUUCUUUGCUCGUAAAUUUAAUCCUGAUAAUAUGAAGGCAGUUAUUCGUGGUGCUGAGUGCCUGGUGGAGCUUGGCAGAGGAAAGCAGUGCAUGGAUUGGCUCAAAGGUAGCAAGGAAUAUUAUAAAGCGGCCAAGUGUAUUUCAUAUAAUCAUACUCAUAAAGCGGACGAUGACUACGUAAAUGAAUUGUAUGAAAAAGCGCAGCAUCUUGCCUUAAUUGAGGAUCGAAAUGAGCGAAAAAGACGGCAUGAUUAUGUGAAAGAUCUGACUGAGAAGCAGCGAUUAUUAUCGGCAUUUAAGGUGAGGGAUAUUAAUUUUCGGCCACCUCUAUGCUAUGAUAAUCCUGAAUUUUUCGAAUGGUCACAAGUUGAAGUACAGUUACCAGUUCUACGAAAGACUGAAAGGGUUUAUGUGGAUAAUUGCGGUAUAUUACACUGGCCUAUACUAGUGCAAUAUCCGGAAGUAGGAAAGGUUAAUAUAAUAACUGAUUGCUCCGAAGAAAAUUCAAUAACUGAUAUGUUCGGUUUUUAUGAACAACGAACACCACAUGAUGAUACCACGUUUAACGCAGAACUGAUGCCUUGGACAAGAUUUAGGGAAGCAUUCUCUAUACCGGGAUUUAUUAUUGUGCAGGGAUUACCGACUAUUCAGAUCUAUACGAAAAAACAUGCCGAAGCAAAUUUUGUGAGAGUUGAAGAUUGUUUCUACAUAACUAAGUGA